AGUUUGUCUUGCGAAUUCAGCAUCCCUGAACCAAGCGAACCUAUCUCCUGCAAUAAUAACAGAAAGCAGCACAUUACCAAGCCGCACAUGACGCUAUUUUUGGUGUUCCUGACAAACCUUACAAGCCUGGGUAUGGCAUUCCCCAGAAGCCCUGUAGUUGGAAUAUCCGGAAGCAAGAAACCUUCAUUGAAUAAAGUGUCUAUGGCGGUGAAGUGUGGGAAUCCAAGGUUACUGUCUAUGAUGGAAGUCCUAACUGAUGGGACGAGCACACGGAGCACGGAAGACAGGGUUUUGGCUGAGAAUGUUUCCUGCUUUACUUCGGAAAAAGCUUCGAUGGUCGGGGCCGCCGAGGACGGGGCGUGCCAGGUCAUCAUCGGCGUCGGGAUCUCCGAGAUCGUUGUAGACAUCGUAGUCGUAAAUCCUGUCGGAGGUCUGGCGCUCGCCUUGGCCGUCGCCUCGUAA